UAAAAAAAUUCAUAUAAAUUCGAGUACAAUAAAAUCCAGAGAAGAAGCAUUCCACGGUAUCAUUUAAUAAUUAAAAAAUCUUAACUAUUUACUUGCUGGCUCGUGAAUGAACUAUUAAAGAAAAAAAACAAGAAGGCUCCUGGUACUGACAAAAAAGCAGAGAGAAGGACGACUUUAUCUUUUUCUGGUUUUAAUUGUUCUCUCUGACUUUAUGGGUUCUUUUGUUCUAGUCUCCUACGGAUCUGCUUAAAUCCGUGCGAUCUGUUUACACGUAAUCUCUGGAGGAUCUGAGUUGUUGAGCCAGACCCAGAUUGUGUUCUACUUAUUUUUUUGCUGAACUUCUUGAUUUGGUCGGAGAAAGCUUAAGUUUAGGUGGGUUUUGUCUUUGAAGCUUCUGAGUUAAUUACCUUCUUGUCUGAAAGUCAGUGGAAUCUCUCAUCUCAGUCUGAAGCUCUCUUUGUUGGAUUUGGAAAUAGAAAGAUAAAUGUCGUUUAGGAGCAUUGUUCAAGAUUUGAGAGAUGGGCUUGGGAGCUUGUCUAGGAGGAGUUUCGACUUCAGGCUUCACAAAGGGAAAUCUCAGGGCUCUUGUGAGUAUUCCUCUUCACGUGACCUCUUGUCACCUCUGAUAGUUCAGACAAGCAGAUGGGCUAAUCUUCCUCCGGAGCUGCUCUUGGAUGUGAUCAAAAGAUUAGAGGAGAGUGAGAGUACUUGGCCUGCAAGAAAACAUGUGGUGGCUUGUGCUUCUGUUUGUCGGUCUUGGAGAGCUAUGUGCCAAGACAUUGUCCUGUCUCCUGAAAUCUGCGGGAAGCUCACUUUUCCAGUUUCCCUCAAACAGCCAGGGCCUCGCGAUCCGAUGAUUCAGUGUUUCAUUAAGAGGGAUAAAUCAAAGCUAACGUUUCAUCUCUUCCUUUGUUUAAGUCCUGCUCUACUUGUGGAGAAUGGGAAGUUUCUUCUUUCAGCUAAAAGAACUCGUAGAACUACUCGAACCGAGUACAUUAUCUCCAUGGAUGCUGAUAACAUCUCAAGAUCAAGCAACUCUUACCUUGGAAAGCUCAGAUCAAACUUUCUUGGGACAAAGUUCUUGGUUUACGACACACAACCACCACAAACCCCAUCUUCUUCAAGUGCACUCAUCACUGACCAAACAAGCAGAAGCAGAUUCCACUCUAAAAGAGUUUCUCCUAAAGUCCCAUCCGGAAGCUACAACAUUGCUCAAAUCACAUACGAGCUCAACGUGCUGGGCACGCGCGGGCCGAGGAGAAUGCACUGCACCAUGAACUCGAUCCCAACUUCAUCUCUCGAACCAGGCGGCUCGGUUCCUAACCAACCUGAGAAGCUCGUCCCUGGCCGUCUCGACGAGUCAUUCCGCAGUAACAUCUCAUUCUCCAAGUCAUCACUCGACUACCGUUCAGUAGAUUUCAGCAGCUCUAGGUUCUCUGAGAUGGGAGUAGUAUCGUGCGAGGAGGACCAAGAAGAGACGAGUUUCAGACCGUUGGUUUUGAAGAACAAGCAGCCGAGGUGGCACGAGCAGUUGCAGUGUUGGUGUUUGAAUUUCCGUGGACGUGUGACGGUUGCGUCUGUUAAGAACUUCCAGCUUGUGGCUGUGAGACAGCCUCAGACGCAAGGGACAGGCGGCGUUGCACCAGCACCGGGAGCUCAUGGAGAGCAAGACAAGGUGAUACUACAGUUUGGUAAAGUGGGGAAAGAUAUGUUCACGAUGGAUUAUAGGUAUCCGUUGUCUGCGUUUCAAGCGUUUGCGAUUUGCUUGAGCAGCUUUGACACCAAGCUCGCUUGUGAAUAACAGAAGAAACAUUACUUCUCCUAAACAUUCAUCUAAUCCUUAUUGUGUCU